AUCGUCAAACCUAUACAUUUCGAUUAUGUUUUGAUCCAAAAUAUGGAAAUGUAUUAUUUUUUUGUCAUGUUUUGGGUUUUAUUUUUGGUUUGUUUAUAUUGUAUGCACGUUAUAGAAUAACAAUAAACAAUAUGGGUAAAUUAUUAAUACAAAAAAUUAUCAACAUUUUUAAUGAUGGCCAUAAUAUUAAUCAUGAUUAUGACAAACAUCCAUUACUUAAACAUUGUGAUGAAAUAACAUUAGAAAAUCUAAAUAAAAUCAAUCAAAUUGGUGAAUUAUUUAUGCGAUUUGGUUCCAUUAUUUUUGGAAUAAUACUAUUAACAUAUUUAUUGGCAUUUAUUUAUUUUUUGAAUGUAAUUCCACAAUCAAAUUUUUCAAUCAUAUUCAUGGAUUCAAUGAUAUUAACAACUGCAUUAGUUGGUGGUAAAGCAAUCAUAACAGCUGCAAAUUGUAUUGUAUUUUUCUAUAUGAUACAAUUAACAUAUUUUCGUUAUAGAUUUAUUUAUUGGAAUAAAUUAUUGAAAAGAAUUUAUCAACAAAAAACAAAUUUCAUAUCACCAAAAUGGAAUCAAUUAUUAUUGCAUACAUUUCUACAAAAUCAUAAUUCAAUGAUUAUUUGGUUAUAUGAUGUAAAUGAACGUCUUAGUUUUAUAAUUGGUUAUUCGACUAUAUUUUUAGUACCAAUUCAUAUUAUAAUGUUAGAUUUAAUGAUAUUUCAUUAUAAACAAUUUACAUUACUUAAUCUUUUGCUUAUUAUAUUAUAUGUUUUUAAUAUAUCAACUUUAACACCAAUUUUUUUUGCUUGGUUACCAAUGCGUGUACAUUUAAGUAUAUAUGAAAUGCAUCAUACAUUAUAUUCAUUGUUAGCAAUGAAAAAUCAAAAUCGAAAAUAUUUACCAUUAAUGUCAUUACGUUAUUAUCUUAAAUUACAAACAUAUACACAACGUUUAAUAUCAAAUCAUAAACAAAUCGGUAUACAUAUUGGUCCAUUUUGUGUUACACAUUAUAAUGCAUGGCAGUUUUUUCUAAGUUAUAUGAGCUAUUUAAUGUUCAUACAUCUAUUAUUUCAAUCAUAAUAAAUGAAAUAAAUUUUUCAAGAAACUUGACGAAAUAAUUUUACUAUUCGAGCAAAAUAACCAAUAUAGAGACCGAAAAACUAU